AUGACGGCUUGUACACAAGGUCCUCCACGGCAACUAGCCCGGGGCACUACACAAGCCGUCGAUUCUGCACAGCAUAUCGCUCGCUGGAUUGAUGAGUUUAUACACGACUAUCCGGCGGACUCUCCUUUUCCCCCGUUUCAUCAGGUCGACCUGCAAGAGGCGCUGCCAGCCAUAUGGGAGCUCCUCAAUGCUGAGCAUGUACAGUCGAGAGGCGGAGCUGCGGGAUCCUUAUCAUGGCGUCAGGGCUUCUCCGAGGAAGAGUAUGCACUCCAAAGACUUGAAAAGAUGUUCAUGCGCGCUUGUCCAAGCCCUCCUGCCGCCGGAAAGGAUCAGUCGACGACGCGAUCUGCUGGCACAACAAGCGAUCUUGACCAGCACUGGGCUUUGGAGGGGUAUCAUGUAAAGAAGAAGCAGAUAAUCGGAAGCUUGUUCCGCAUACUGGAAAGGAUGGGCGUCGAGACCGUCGAGCAAGUGCGGGAGACGCUGGUUGCUCAAGGCCUCCUGUACCCAAUCAGCAGCUGGACGAGUCCCCUCCCGGAAUGGGUGUACGAAGAUCCUUUUGACAGCGCCAAUCCGCUGGCGGCAUGGGGACCGCCUGAUGAACCUGGUUUUUACCGGUAUGACGAGCAUGGGCGGCUUGGGGAAGGACCUUUUACCACUCGACAGAUACGCUUCUACCUGAACCACAAGCGGUGCAAGCUCUGGGUCCAGAACGCGCCCACGCAGUGCAGGCAAGACGGGCUCUUGGACGACCUCGACACGCGCUGCAGGUGGUUCCACUGCCCCAGCUCGCGCAACCUGAUUGCCACGGGCUGGCUGCGCGUGGCCUUUGACGAGUUUCCCGAAGACACGACGACCACGGCAAGGAGCCCCUUCAAGGUAGCCAUGGUCAUGCACCUCUUUUGCUUUGAGCAAUGCUUCGACCCGGUCGAGUUCCAGCUCAGAAAGGUGCCAGGGGCGGACGCCAAGCCCAUGCUCGAGCCCGAACUUAGGAAGUUCGCAGGCAACUGGCAGGCGGGGACCGGAGUCGAGUGCAAAUACAGGUCCCUGUCGCUGGAGAGAUUCGCCCACGACGCCGUCGUGGCAAAGGUAUACGAGCCGUGGAUGAGGAGCAAGGCAGAGGAGCGCGAGAGGGCGGGGCCGGCCAAGCUACCGCGGCAGCAUGAAGAUUCGCUGUCUUACGCCAUCGUCGCCGCGAAACUGCACCUCGGGCUGGGUCAGGGCCAGGGUACGCGGCAAGCGAAGCGCGACGACCUGAACGAGGGCGUCCCCGAGGAGAUGCGCCGGACCAUCGACUACCAUGUGGGCGACCUGAAAAAGUACUCGAUUCUAGGACCAUUGCGCAGAGCCCUCAAGAAGAAGCCGGAGCCCAAAGAGCCCAACCCGGACCGCAGAGGGGCCAAGGCUCGGUCAAAGCGCGGUCCGGAGGACAAAGCCACCACGUACCGGGGCAACCAGGUGGCUGGGCCGGCACCGGACGAGACAUGGACGUUUCCGAGCCAGCAGCCGCCGGCAAAAAGACGCAAGUAG